AUGGUGUCCAGUCUAACCGUUUUGAUGCUUGGGAUGUUCAUUGCCGUAAUUGCAGAUGCACAAUUAGGUUCGAGCUUUCCAGACAACAAAGAAGCGCAGAUUGUUAGCGAAAUUUUAAUUCGUCAAAAGCGAUACAUCCCAUACCGCUGUACCUAUGGAUGGAGGAGGCGGCCUGAUGGAAGUCUUUGCAGGAUUUCCUACCGCAUCUAUGGAUUUUGCAAGAAUGGGAUUUGUUCUAGUCCAAGGCCACCCAACCCCACAGCCAGACCAGUUCCUCCGCCUAAACCUACCCCAACCACCUCAACAGCUCCUCCGACGACACCCACCCGAACAUCCCCAACAGCUCCUCCGACGACACCAUCCCGAACCACCUCAACAGCUCCUCCCACGACGGCACCCUCCCCAACCACCACAACAGUUUCUCCGACGACACCCUCCCCAACCACCUCAACAGCUCCACCAAACACACACACCCCAAUCACGAUACCUGCUUCACCGACCAAACCCACACAAACCACCACAACUGAUCCUCCGUACCAACUCAGCAUAACCACUACAACAGCACCCCCAAUCACAAACAUCCCAACCACGUCCGCAGAUUCAACAACCAAACUCAAUCCAGUCACCCCGACAGCUCCUCCAGUCAAAUCCACUCCGAUCACCACAACCACUCCGAGCAAACCCACCACAACAGCUCCUCAUACGUAG